CUUUAGUAUUGUUGUCUCUGUAUUGAGGGUUGUUGUGUGACCUGCUUUCACGUGCAUUGGUUAUAAAGGAGGCUGAAGAAAGAAAGCAGACGCAGUUUGAGCUCCGGCUGCGCAGCGCAGAGGCACGCGACGACAUGCAGGAAAGCUCCUCAGAUGACCAUGACUGGACAGGACUGCAUGAAAUAUCUCUUGACAACCCAGUGGACAUGAUUUUAAGCAUCUGACAGCACAGGCAUGAUGUUGAGAAUGAAUUUCAUCUCUGUUUUGUUUAUUUCAGUCGUCCUAUUUCAUACUCAUUCCAUCUCAGCAGCUAAAUCACACGAGAGGUCAGUGGUACCCAGAGCAGCAUCCCGCUCGGUGGCGAGGAUGGAUGGAGAUAUCAUCAUCGGGGCUUUGUUCUCUGUCCAUCAUCAACCGGCAGCAGAUAAGGUUGCUGAGAGAACGUGUGGAGAGAUCAGGGAGCAGUACGGUAUCCAAAGAGUGGAAGCGAUGUUCUACACACUGGACAGAAUAAACGCAGAUCCAAACCUUUUACCCAACAUCACACUGGGUUGUGAAAUCAGAGACUCGUGUUGGCACUCUUCAGUUGCUUUGGAACAAAGUAUCGAGUUUAUAAGAGACUCGCUCAUUUCUAUCCGAGAUGACAACGAUGGACCAAAGUGGUGCGUUGAAGGAAAUCCAUCCGCUCAACCGCCACCCACCAAAAAGCCCAUUGCUGGUGUCAUUGGACCUGGGUCCAGCUCAGUGGCCAUUCAGGUUCAGAACCUGUUGCAGCUUUUUAAUAUCCCUCAGAUCGCUUAUUCAGCUACAAGCAUUGAUUUGAGUGAUAAAACCCUUUAUAAGUAUUUCCUCAGGGUUGUACCAUCUGACACACUUCAAGCCCGAGCUCUCUUGGACAUUGUCAAACGAUACAACUGGACGUACGUGUCAGCCGUUCACACUGAGGGGAACUAUGGAGAAAGUGGAAUGGAGGCCUUUAAAGAGUUGGCAUCUCAGGAGGGUUUGUGUAUCGCUCACUCUGAUAAGAUCUACAGCAACGCUGGAGAAAAACAUUUCGAUCGUCUGCUGAGGAAACUCAGAGAGCGUCUGCCCAAAGCUCGUGUGGUGGUCUGUUUCUGUGAGGGGAUGACUGUUCGUGGUCUCCUCAUGGCCAUGAGACGUCUUGGUGUAGCUGGAGAAUUUCUUCUCAUUGGCAGUGACGGAUGGGCGGACAGAGAUGAAGUCGUGGAGGGUUAUGAACAAGAAGCUGUAGGUGGCAUCACUAUGAAGCUCCAGACCGAAGAGGUCACAUCCUUCAAUGACUACUUCCUGAAGUUACGCCUCAACAGUAACACCAGGAAUCCCUGGUUUGCUGAAUUCUGGCAGCAUCGCUUCCAGUGUCGACUUCCAGGACACCCGCAAGAAAACAUUAACUAUAGGAGGAACUGUUCAGAUGGUGAUCUAGGUUAUGAAAGUCUGGAAGAUAACUAUGUCCAGGAUAGUAAGAUGGGAUUUGUCAUUAAUGCCAUCUAUGCUAUGGCUCACGGCCUUCAUGACAUGCACCAGUAUCUGUGUCCGGAUCACGUCGGCUUGUGUGAAGCGAUGGAUCCCAUUGAUGGCAGCAAGCUGCUGGACUUUCUCCUUAAGACCUCCUUUACUGGUGUAUCUGGAGAAGAUGUGUGGUUUGAUGAAAAUGGAGAUUUGCCAGGCAGGUCAGUCUUGCUUGCUGCCCUACAUAAAGCAACAUUUUAUGCAUUACAGUAUGACAUUAUGAACCUGCAGCAAGUCGAGCCUGGAGUCUAUGAUUAUUUAAAUGUGGGCUCAUGGCAUGAAGGCAUCCUGACCAUUGAUGACUACAUGAUUCAGAUGAACCGCAGCGAGAUGGUUCGCUCUGUAUGCAGUGAACCCUGCUCUAAAGGAGAGAUUAAAGUGAUCAGGAAAGGUGAGGUGAGCUGCUGUUGGAUCUGUACGGCUUGUAAAGACAAUGAAUAUGUUCAAGAUGAGUUCACCUGCAGAGCCUGUGAACUGGGAUGGUGGCCGGACGAAGAGCUUCAAGUCUGUGAACCUCUUCCCUUGCGUCACCUGGAGUGGAGCCAUCCCGAAUCCAUCGCUGCUGUCGUCUUUUCCUGUCUGGGCAUCCUGGUCACCAGUUUCGUCACCUUCAUCUUCAUCCUGUACCGAGACACGCCCGUCGUCAAGUCCUCCAGCCGUGAGCUCUGCUACAUCAUCCUGGCUGGAAUCUUUUUGGGUUACAUCUGCCCCUUUACCCUCAUCGCUCGACCCACGACAGCUUCGUGCUACCUACAACGUCUGCUGGUGGGACUCUCGGCCUCCAUGUGCUACUCGGCCCUCGUCACCAAAACCAACCGCAUCGCUCGCAUUCUGGCGGGCAGCAAAAAGAAGAUCUGCACCCGCAAGCCUCGAUUCAUGAGCGCCUGGGCUCAGGUGGUGAUCGCGUUCAUCCUCAUAAGCGUGCAACUGACUUUGGAGGUCACGUUGAUCAUCUUGGAACCUCCGGAGCCCAUCAAGUCCUACCCAAGCAUUCGAGAAGUUUUUCUGAUUUGCAACACCAGCAAUAUGGGCAUGGUGGCACCGUUGGGUUACAACGGCCUCCUCAUUCUCAGCUGCACCUACUACGCUUUCAAAACCCGCAAUGUCCCCGCCAACUUCAAUGAGGCCAAAUACAUCGCCUUCACGAUGUACACCACCUGCAUUAUCUGGUUAGCCUUUGUGCCCAUUUACUUCGGCUCCAACUAUAAGAUCAUCACCACGUCUUUCUCGGUGAGUCUCAGCGUGACGGUGGCUCUCGGCUGUAUGUUCACGCCGAAAAUCUACAUCAUCAUCGCCAAGCCCGAGAGAAACGUACGCAGCGCUUUCACAACCUCAGACGUAGUGCGUAUGCAUGUAGGCGAUGGAAAAAUCGCUUGCAGGAGCAACAGUCUGCUGAACAUGUUUAAACGCAAGAAAAACGGAUCGGGAAAUGCCAAUUCUAAUGGCAAGUCUGUGUCAUGGUCUGAACCAGGUUCAAGACAUCCUCCCAAAGGAGAACACAUGUGGCACAGACUGUCAGUACAUGUGAAGAGACAGGAAAGCGGCUCCAAUCAGACGGCUGUCAUUAAACCGCUGACAAACACCUACAAUGACACGGCCAUGGAGUUCUCUGACCUGAGCACAAAAACUCUUUAUAACGUAGCCGAGGAAGACGAAGGCGACGCCAUCCGAUACAACUCUUCAGUCAGCCCUGAUCUAAUGCCUCUCAGGCAGUCACCUGUCAGCAAACCGGUAAAGGAGGGCACGGAUCUAAAAUUUUACACCCGAAACAGUGUUCACCCCCAACAUAUUAUUUCAGACCUCCUGCAGGAAGGAGUGGCCAAAUUUAGUUCAAACAUGCCUGAUUUGGAUGAGAUUAUAAGCUUGCCUGAACCUGGUGAUAGGUUUGAGUUGACCUACCGACCUCAAGUGCUGCAUUCUCAACCUGUCAAACCCAUGCGUCUGGAUUCGUACCCGGAUGAGCCCGCUUCCCCUCUGGAGGAGGUUGAGAAUGAGCAGUUUGGACUUCUCCACGGCUACAUGUAUGACAAUGCACAAAUUCAUGAUGAAGAGGACCUUGUACAGAUUAAAACAGCGGUGGAGGACUCCGUGGCUCUCAUGCCGCCUUCUCCAUUCAGAGAUUCUCUUGGUUCGGGCAGCCCCGUUCCCAACUCCCCCGUGUCUGAGUCCAUCUUAUGCACACCUCCGAGUGUGACGUACGCGUCCGUCAUACUCGGAGACUUUAAGCAAAGCUCUUCAACCCUUUAAUAAUAAAAAAAGUAUAUAAAGGCAUCAUUAUAAGAGAUUGUGUCACUAGCUGUAAGCUUGUCUUUGUUUUAUAAUAUUAGUGUGCAAUCAUGUGACAUAAGUCUGUGCGUUGGAAGCCUUUGACUUUGUGUGAUCAGAACAUUUAAAGAGACAGUCUGAAGGUCAAAGUAUGUUGACCAGGGUCCAAAAUUAAAAAUUGCCCAGUGCCAAAUGCAAAUAAAAUGUAUCAUUAUAUUUGGACAGUAACAUUAUAUCACCUCAUAUAAUGUUUAAACAUAUACACUUAUGGUGUUUAGACAUAUUAAAGGAAUAUUCCAUUUUCUUAAAAGAAAAAUCCAGAUAAUUUACUCACCACCAUGUCA